ACAGUACGGCAGAGCCGCCGGUGACAUUGAGAAGCCUGGAAUCCUUGUUCAAAUGCUGUCCAGAGGAGCGUAAACAAUUUCAAGCUGCAUAGAGUCUUGAACAAGCACCAUUAUUUCUGGCCACAAUGGCAGACACAAGGGAACCCGAUGUUGAACUCCAGGGCUGGGAAGACAAGACGCUACCUUCGACACUGGAUGAUCUUGCAGAGGAAGAAGAUCCCUUGGCCCCAUCCAACAGCCUAGCAGCCACACAGCAACCGGACAAGACGAUAGACAAGAAGAAAAACACUGCCUACCUUGACGGUCUCCGUGGGCUCGCUGCCCUUCUAGUCUACAUAUACCAUCAUGUAAGCUGGUAUUUCGGACCCACAGACGACCUCAUCAAUGGCUGGGGAGCGAACGGGAAUCACUACUUCUUCCAACUCCCCUUCAUCCGACUCAUCCUCACAGGUGGCAACGCCGGCGUAGUAAUCUUCUUCGUCCUGUCCGGCUACGUCCUCAGCAUCUCACCCCUCCGCCACCUCCGCGAAGCCAGCAAAGGAAACCAAAACCACAAAACCAUCUACCGCUCCCUCCUCUCCAGCGUAAUCCGCCGCCCCUUCCGCCUCUACCUCCCCGUCAUAGGCGUAAGUCUCGGCUUCGUCAUCGCCUUGCACCUCCCCUUCGGCCUCGCCCCCAAACUCGCCUGGCCCGCACCCCAAGAAACCCUCUGGCUCGAACUCAAAUCCUGGCUCUACGAACUCUCCAUCGCUCUCCAGCCCUCCACAAAACCCGACGUCCUCGCCCACUGGUUCGUCUACGACCCACCAGUCUAUACCAUCCCCGUUGAACUCGUCGGCAGUCUCCUCAUCUUCUCCAUGCUCGCCUUCUCCGUCCCCGUCACAAUGCGCAUGCGAGCAAUCGUCUACGCAUUCAUGUACAUUGCCUUCCUCCUCAUGUACCAAUGGGCCAUGGCACUCUUCAUGGCCGGAAUGCUCCUCGCAAUCAACGAUCUCAAAGAACCCGGUCCAAGCACAUUCGGCAGAUUCCAACUUUCUGCUCGCGGGAAAACUAUCAUCCACCACUUCACAUUCUUCGUGGGAUGGUAUCUCCUCUGCCAAACAGCCGGGAUGCGAGACACUCAAGUUUCCUCGGAUACACCUGGAUGGUGGCUCCUCACGAAGCUCAUCCCACCAAUCUACUACGACGACCCAGAUAAAGAAUACUGGCGCUGGUGGCACGCAUGGGGGGCAUUCAUGGUCGUCUAUGGAGUUUUGCGACUCUCCUGGUUGCAGAAAUUCUUUUCGACGAGGCCAUUGAAAUAUCUUGGCAAGAUUAGUUUUGCUUUAUAUCUUGUCCACGGACCUCUGAUGUGGACUGUGGGAGAUCGGAUUUAUCGACUGUUUGGACAUAUUACCAUGCCUGAGAUGACCACCAUGUGGGAUGAAAUGCUUCCAGUCCCGGAAUUUGGCAUACAUGGUUUUACAACGAGAUUUCUGGUAUCCCAGGCAUUGAUCUUGCCUAUCACAUUCGCCUUUGGACAUCUCGGAACGAAACUGUUCGAUGAGCCGAGUGUAAGGCUCGGACGAUGGGUCGUUGAUAGGAUGAAGGUCGAGAAGAAACGAUGAUGUAAACCUUGUACACGAUACAGAAAACAGAAGAAAAAUGUAAUUGUAUAUCGC